UAUCGAGUGUGAUGUCUACGAGAAUGUCGUCGCGAUAUGUUGGAUACUGAUGAAAUGGAAACCAAUGGCUUGAAAGUCGGGAAAAUUCAACCUACUAUUGAAGUAUAUCGCAAAAGAUGGAUUAUUUUGAUAAUUUAUAUUUUGUGUAGUUGUUUGAGUACAGCUCAAUGGAUCGAAUAUUCAAUUAUAAACAAUGUAGUUAUGAAAUAUUACCAUGUUAGUGCUACCACGGUGGACUGGACAUCGAUGUCUUUCAGUAUAAUGUGGCCAAUAUUAGUAUUUCCUGUAUCUUAUAUAACCGAUAAAAUGGGUUUGAGAGCUGCAGUUUUGAUUGGUAUUUUGCUUACAGCACUUGGCGCAGGUGUGAAGGUCUUAUCUGUUGGUGAAAACUUGUUUUAUGUUGUUCUACUUGGACAGGUGAUUGUUUCUAUCUCUCAAAUAUUCCUGUUGAAUCUGCCACCAAAACUAAGUGCGGUGUGGUUCAAACCUGAAGAGAUAUCAACAGUGUGUUCUCUGGGCAUACUUGGUAUGACUUCGGGAACAGCAAUCAGUUACUUCAUUCCUCCGAUCAUGGUACGCGAUAGCGACAAUCUGGAUGAGAUUGCUGAAGAUCUCAGAGUGAUGUGUUGGGGUGUAUUCCUUCUUUCAAUACCGUUAGUCCUCAUCGUAUUCUUUUAUUUUCCAGAACGACCUUUGAAUCCACCAAGUAUGGCAAUGUUUGAAGAAAGAAAUAACAGAAACGAAGUAACUAUUUUCCUGUUCGCGAAAUCAUUUGAACUUCUGAUGAAAAAUAAAGCCUUCCACGUUCACAACGUAGCAUUUGGAUGUAACUUGGGAAUAUAUACAGCUAUUGGAACAUUUCUGAAUCAAUUUGUAUUGAGUUACUUUCCAGGAGACGUCUUUCCUUUUAUUCCUAUUGGGAACUCUUGGAUUGGGAGGAGUUUUGUAUGCCAUGUCAGCUCAAAAUAAGUGGUUGACAUAUUUAGCAAUAACCGUGUUUGGGAUUUUCCUGAGCGGUUAUUUGCCAGCAGGAGUGGAAUUUGGGACGGAAAUAACAUAUCCUUCACCUGAGAGUACAGUGAUGGGAAUUCUAUAUGCCACAUCGCAGAUUAUAACUGUCGUUCUUACCAUUAUAUUUGGAAAGAUAAUAGCAAAAUUUGGAGCAUUUUGGGCUCUCACUGGGAUGAUUAUCACUAUGGCAGUGGGUACUACUCUGACAUUAAUGACGCCAAAUAAUCUGAAGAGG